AUGUCGAAACCGCUGGAGUGCAUCGCCCAAGAUGCAGGAACGGAAACAUGGAUUCUUAGUGGACGCCAGCUUGUCUCCGCGGAUCACAUUACGGAGGAUUUACCGGUGACCGGCUACAAAUCCUGGAACGAGAUACAGUUCUGUCCUCCAAAGCCUCCCAGCGAUGGGAGUCCUUUCUUCCCCAUCUCGGAACGAGCUGCCAAACUUGCGGUUGCGCAUCUGGGGGUAACUUCGCCGCUUCUUGCUUUUGCGUUAGUUAUGUUUGUGGCGAGGAUAUGGUUGCGAGUAAGAACGGUUUGGAGAGUGAGUUGGGAGGACUACAGCAUGACGAUUGGAGUUUGUGCAGCUAUCGUCGAUUUCGGAUUCCUCAUACCGCAGAUGUAUACAUCACCACGUCUCAUCACCGAAUCUCAAGUGACUUGGUCGCGAAAAUACGCAUUCCUUGCGAUCCCCAUCUGGGGCAUUGCUAUGAUGUUCAUCAAAGUCAGCAUCGCAAUGAUGAUGCACCGAAUCCAGCCAACUGUACUGUGGUGGCGAGUCUUUUGUUUCUUCAUAAUGGGCAUCUUGAUAGCCUACGGCGUUGCAAACACCUUCUUCAUCCUCCUUCAAUGUCGACCUCUCGAAGCAUCAUGGGAUACAUCAUUGUUGGAAACAGUACAAGGAGCCAGCUGUCUUCCGCAAACUGGCAUUCACAUCAUGUCCAACAUUGGGUCCGGCAUCAACAUUGCAACAGACAUCAUGCUGUCUUUGGCACCGACACUGUUCCUUUGGAAGCUCAAAAGACCGCUGAAAGAGAAGAUCCUUGUUGGGGCACUCAUGGGUCUGGGCAUGUUUGCAAGCGUCGCUUCCAUCGUAAAAGCAACCCUUGUCAAAGAAUUCGGCAUGGCGAAAGAUGCAUGGGCACUUACAAACUCCAUCGCCACCUGGACAGCCCUCGAGCAAAUCCUCAUCAUGAUCGCAUCAUCCGCACCCUUUCUCAAGCCCCUCGUCCAAAGUGCCUUACAUAGAAUGGGCUGGACGUUAUCAGGAACAUCAGCCGGUCGCUCCGGCUACGGAAACCGGUAUCACGAUGUUGGACAGAGUGCACGACAGUCACGACUGGUGAACAAGUCAGCGGUAAACUCGAGAAGGGGUAUCUACGGUGGAGAUGAGGAUCCUUUUGCUGCAGGGGACAGCAACGAUGCUAUUCCUUUGGAGGGGAAGGUCUUUGAAGUGGGUAAGUCAAGAGACGAACGAGAUAUCACGACAAUGCGAACGACGCAGGGAUCUUUGACCACAGGAUCGUGGACGGAGAGGGGAAGUGAGGACAGGGAGCUUACGCCAAGCCAUGCAGCCUACAUCAUGGUUGCUAUUACGUCUUUGUGGGCUGCUGUCCUCCUUGCAGGCGUGGCUGUUUCUGAGGCAAAGAACUGUAAGAGACCUUUCAUCAGAAGGGAAUGGCGCUCUCUUAGUGUCAAGGAGAGAGAUCAGUACAUCAAAGCUCAGAAGUGCCUGAUGAAGAAACCUCCCCAGUCUUCUACUGUCGAUAUCCCUGGCGCUCGGAGUCGAUGGGAUGACUUCUUGGGCACGCACAUCAUCAACGCCGAUGACGUGCAUUUCACAGGCGUAUUCUACCCCUACCACCGUCUACUCAUGUACUCCUACGAAGAAGAGCUUCAGACCUGUGGCUGGCAAGGGGGCGUUCCCUACUGGGACUGGACACUCGACGCCGCUGGUCCCGACAACGACACCUCCGUGUUUGUAAACUCACCUAUUUUUGACAACAAACACGGUUUCGGCGGAAACGGAGCUUGGAUCCCUGGAAACUUCUCUAACCCUGAGCCUGGUCUGCCGGUGAAUCCUCCUUGGGAUGUUCCUGAUCGCUCUGGUGGUGAUUGCAUCAAGAGAGGUCCGUUUGCGGGACUCAAGUCGAACUUGGGGCCUGGCAAUGGUACGGCGUAUAACCCUAACUGUAUCAGAAGAGACUUUGCACCGUUGAGUUUUAGGGAUAUGAGUGGUCCUGCUGCUGUUGAGGAUGGGAUGCAGCAGGGUGAUUUUGGCCACUUUGAUCGUCUUACGCAGAGCACUACUCACUCUGGUGGACACUGGGGAGUUGGUGGGUUGUAUGGUACCAUGACUGACAAGUGGCAGAGUCCUGCUGAUCCUCUAUUCUGGGUCCAUCAUGCCAACGUUGAUCGCUUCUGGUGGUCAUGGCAAAUUCGUGAUCUCAAGAAGCGUGAGAAAGACAUCUCUGGGCCCCUCGUCAACUUUGAUUACAACAAUGAGGCUGCUGGUAAUGUUACUCUUGACCAUGGUAUCUUUAUUGGUGAGACCGUCAAGCUCAAGGCCAAGGUAAAGGAUGUUAUGCAUAUCAAGAAGGGUCUCCUUUGCUACGAAUACGAGGAUACUUAUUGA